AUGUUUUCCGCUACUAUUCGUUCCACUUUAAGAUCAAGAUUAUCUGUUCAAACUCCAAGAGUUUUAAGAGCCCCUGUUGCUAUUUCAAAACCAUUGACUUCACAAAUUAGAUCUUACUCUGCACACCACGAAGAAACUUUUGAAGAAUUCACUGCUAGAUUUGAAAAAGAAUUUGAAAAUGCUUAUGAUUUAUUUGAAGUCCAAAGAAUUUUAAACAAUUGUUUUGCUUAUGAUUUAGUUCCAGCUCCAGCUGUUAUUGAAAAAGCUUUACAAGCUUGUAGAAGAGUUAAUGACUACCCUACUGCUGUUAGAACUUUUGAAGCUUUGAAAUAUAAAGUUGAAACUCCAGAACAAUACCAAGCUUAUUUGGAAGAAUUGAAAGAUAUUAGAAAAGAAUUGGGUAUUGAUUUGAAAGAAGAAUUAUAUGCUGAAGAUAAAAUCUAA